GCAGCAGCCACAAUGGAGAACUCUAGUGCCACUUUUAUGGACAAUGUAACCGAAUCUAUUCUAUGGAACCUGAAGGACAAUGUUACCCAGGAGAGCUCAACUGAAUACUCACUAUGGGACUUAAAGGACAAUGUGACCCAGGAGAGCUCAACUGAAUACCCACUGUGGAACUUAAAGGACAAUGUGACCCAGGGCAUCCUGACUGAAUAUCCACUAUGGAACCUACAGGACAACGUGACCCAGGGGACACCAGGGCUGGCUAAUGCUAGUUCUACUGGAGAUAUCUGGACUGACCUGAACAGUGUCACCAUGAUGAUGCAGGGAUCCCUGCCCCAGCACCUCGCCACCCCUGUCCCAUUUUGGAAUACCCCACUGAACCAUGGUCUUAAUGUAUUUGUUGGGGUAGCCCUGUGUGUCACCAUGCUGGGUCUGGGCUGCACAGUGGAGGUCUCUCAGAUUGGGGAGCAGCUAAGGAGACCUAUCGGGGUCCUUCUUGCAGCCAUCAGCCAGUUUGUGCUCAUGCCAGCGGUGGCUUUUCUGCUGGCUCUGAUCUUCUCUCUGAAUGAGGUGGCCGCGAUCGCCGUGCUGCUGUGCGGCUGCUGCCCAGGAGGCAACCUGUCCAACAUCAUGUCCCUUCUGGUCAAUGGAGACAUGAACCUCAGCAUCAUCAUGACUGCGUCCUCCACGUUACUAGCCCUGGUGCUGAUGCCGCUGUGCUUAUGGAUAUACAGUCGCCCCUGGAUUAACACACCAUUGGUGGAAUUACUGCCGCUAGGCGCUGUGAGCCUUACUCUCUGUAGUACUCUCCUGCCUAUUUGUUUGGGGGUCUUCAUACGCUACCGUUACAGUAGGAUUGCAGAUAUCCUUCUCAAGGUUUCCCUCUGGUCACUAUUAGUGACUUUGCUCAUCCUGUUCAUCCUCACUGGUGCGAUGCUUGGGCCAGAACUUCUAGCGACCAUCCCUCCCUCUGUAUACAUUGUGGCUGUGAUCAUGCCUCUUAUAGGCUAUGGAUUGGGAUAUGGACUAGCCACUUUAUUCAGCUUACCCCCAAAUUCCAGAAGGACUGUGUCUCUGGAAACAGGGUGUCAAAAUGUUCAGCUGUGCACUGCUCUGUUGAAGCUGGCUUUCCCUGCCCAUCUCAUUGGGAGCAUGUAUAUGUUUCCCUUACUCUAUGCACUAUUCCAGGCUGCUGAAGCAGGGAUUUAUGUCUUAGUUUACAAACUGUACAGGAAGGAAAUCUUACACAAAGCAGAACCUCUUGAUGAAGACGAGGACACUGAUAUUUCUUACAAAAAACUGAAAGAAGAGGAAAUCAUUGAAACAUCUUAUGGGGCAGUAAGUACUGCAGAAGCCAACUCAAUCCCAAUGGAACCAACCCAAGGACUGCAUAAUGAUACGGCAGGGCCAGGACAAUGGUAGUCAACAAAUGUUGCAAAACUGCAAGGCUCAUAAUCCUCUGCACCCAAAGGCUUGUAGAAGUGGUAGUCAAAAGCAGGAGGUCCGAUCUUUGCUUGCACCUGUAAUAAUGAAUUAUAGUUAUAUCUAUGGUGGUGAAUACAUGGGGCAUGCUGAGGUGUAUUUCAGAAAUGGUGUAAAUUGUGCUUAAGAUGUAUGUAUAUUUGGAUGUGAAAAUAAGUUGUCCAGCUGUAAAGAAGCAUACCUUGAAAAUAUGUUCUUGUUAAAUUUGUUCUUUGACCAGCA